AUGGAGCCCGGCCAGGCCGCCCCGGGCCCCGCCGGCCUCCGCGAGGGCUGGUUCCGCGAGACCUGCAGCCUCUGGCCCGGCCAGGCCCUCUCCCUGCAGGUGGACCGGGUCCUGCACCACCGCCGCUCGCCCUUCCAGGAGAUCCUCGUCUUCCGCAGCAAAACAUACGGGAACGUGUUAGUCCUUGACGGCGUUAUCCAGUGUACAGAGAGAGACGAGUUUUCGUACCAAGAAAUGAUCGCCAACCUGCCUUUGUGUAGCCAUCGAAAUCCACGCAAGGUACUCAUCAUUGGGGGUGGCGAUGGAGGUGUCCUACGAGAAGUGGUGAAGCAUCCCUCCGUGGAGUCGGUGAUACAGUGCGAAAUUGACGAGGACGUGAUCGCGGCGUCCAAGAAAUACCUCCCGGGCAUGGCUGUAGGAUACUCCAGCCCGAAGCUCACCCUGCACGUCGGGGACGGCUUUGAGUUCAUGAAGCGCAACCAAGAGGCUUUUGAUGUGAUCAUCACGGACUCCUCCGACCCCAUGGGUCCUGCAGAGAGCUUAUUCAAAGAAUCUUACUACCAGCUAAUGAAGACAGCUCUAAGGGAAGACGGAAUCCUUUGCUGCCAAGGCGAAUGCCAGUGGCUGCACCUCGACCUCAUUAAGGAGAUGCGGCAGUUCUGCAAGUCGUUGUUCCCCGUGGUGGAGUAUGCCUACUGUACCAUCCCGACGUACCCAAGCGGCCAGAUCGGCUUCAUGUUGUGUAGCAAGGACCCAAGCACAAAUUUCAGGGAACCGGCGCAGCCGCUGUCCCAGGAGCAAGUCGAUGCCAUGGACCUUAAGUAUUACAACUCAGACGUCCACCGGGCAGCCUUUGUCCUGCCGGAAUUUGCACGGAAGGCCCUGAGUACGGUGUGAAAGCUUUUCCGGGGGCAGCUCUGCCUCUUAUCUGAGAC